CUGCUGGCGCUGGUAGCGUUCCUCUGCUUCGCGGCCUCCCGCGCCCGCGGGGCCUACACCGCCCUGGCCUUGAUGGAGGUGGCGAUCACGGCGCUCUUCUUCCUGCUGUACUUGCUAAAGCUCGAUAAAAAGAUGAGCUGGCUCUUCUGGCCCUUGGCUGAUAUUUUCAACUCGGUGAUUGCAGCGUUGUUCCUCCUCAUUGUCUGCCUGUUCGCAGUAAUAAGCAAGACCAACAAUGGGACACUGGCUGGAGGA